AUGAGAAAUGUCGGCAACCUUUUGCUUUUGUUCCAAAUUUCCUCUCUCUUUUGGUGCUUCUUCUCUCUUGUUGAUUCUUCUUUAACACCAUUACUGUCUGCUUUUAAAACCCUAUGCCUGGAUGAUCAAAGAUCAGCCUCGGUGAAGCUUCGUAAGGAUUUUCUUGACCAAUCCCCCUCUGCCUCUAAUUCAAAAAUUGGGUCUUGGGAUCUGAAAACAGAUUCUUGCUCAUUGAAGGGUGUCGAGUAUGAACCUGUUGGUCCUGUGGUCAAGCUUGACCUUGGCUAUAGCGGCCUUUCAGGUCCUCUCAACUCCAUCUUUCGUCUCCUUCAUUUACAGCCCCUUAAUCUUGCUGCAAUACCACGUUUGACAAGGUUACAGUCACUUGAUCUCUCUUGUCCACGCGAUUUUCCUGAUUCGUGUUCUAGUAAAAAUCAUCCAGCACUUGCGCUCAAAAGACCAAAUUUUGAAACAUUUGUCCUGAACUGGAGUUGUCUUUUACAACUCUAUCUUGAUGAUGCUGACGUCUCUGAACAGAGCACUAGUUUGUGUGAAGCCCUGUCAGGUGCACUUCCUAAUCUCCGGAGAUUAAGCUGGUCAAACUGUGUUCUCUCAAGUCCUCCUAGCACAUUGCAACUUGAGUGGGAAUUAGCCGGAUCACAUUUUCCAAUUGCCAAGACUGAAAAGCCAGGACAUUUCAGAAAACCCACCCUUACAGGCAUGUUUACCGACAAUUUCUCUAACAGUACAUUAAAGCUUCUUUUGACAAACUUUUAUGGAAGUUUGCCGGCCUCAUUCGACUGUUUAGGCAGUAUCAUUAAUCUCUACGGUUUGAAUCUAGAAGGAAAUGACUUCCACAGCAUGUCACUGAAUUUUGACCGAGGGACCAAGCUCCUGUCACUCAAACUCAAUAGCAAUAGUUUAGAAGGGAAGCUGCCAAGAUCAUUAGCAAAUUGUUCCAGGCUAGAGCUUUUGGACCUUGGCAACAAUAUGAUAUGUGAUAGGUUCCCUUCUUGGUUGAAGAAAUUGCCCACAUUGAGAGUUCUUGUAUUGAGAAAAAAUAAAUUCUACGGUCCAACAGUUGAUCAUACUUCAGAUGCAAAAAUCUUCCCAGUGUUGCAAACAAUGGACCUAGCUUCGAACAAGUUUUGGGAGGAACUGUAUUGA